UCGGCAGCCUUCUCGGAGCCGCCCGUUUUCUUUCGGCGGGUCUGGAGUCUGGUUUGCGAGGUUCCCUUGGGCCCGGAGACCACUGAAAGGUUGGGGUCAUGGACCCCGCGCCAGGUCUCAGCAUCACGGAGGUGCAGGGCUUCAGCGCGGGGCCGGGUGCCCCAGCGCCGGCCCCGGGCGCGGCCCCGCAGGUCACCCUGCUGGUGAUGCGCCCCUGCAGCGCGCAGGACGACUGCUCUGCCGAGGGCGUCCUGGGGUCGGCACCAGGCGUUGGGGGCGCCGCCCUGGCAGGUGGGUCCGUGGGGUACCUGUGCGACACGGCGGGGGACGCGGAGGAUGAGGCCGGGGAGGACGAGGCCGACCUGCUGGACACCUCCGACCCGCCGGGGGGCGGCGAGAGCGCGGCCAGCCUGGAGGACCUGGAGGAUGAGGAGGCGCACUCUGGGGGCGAGGACGGAGGCAGGGCCACGCGCAGGCGAGGUGGUGGCGCGGCCGGCGUGAGCAAGACCUGCACCUACGAGGGCUGCAGCGAGACCACGAGCCAGGUGGCCAAGCAGCGCAAGCCGUGGAUGUGCAAGAAGCACCGCAACAAGAUGUACAAAGACAAGUACAAGAAGAAGAAAAGCGACCAGGCCCUCCACUGCGCGGGCGCUGCCCCUGCCGGCAGUGCGGGUGCCGCCAAACCCGAGGAAAGUGCAGACAACAUACUCUCCAUUGUCAAACGAACGGGAGCUUUUGGGGACCGACCUGCAAGACCGACACUUUUGGAACAAGUGUUAAAUCAAAAAAGACUGUCCCUGCUGAGAAGCCCAGAAGUGGUGCAGUUUCUGCAGAGGCAGCAGCAGCUGCUGAGCCAGCAGGUCCUGGAGCAGCGGCAGCAGCAGUGCCCAGGGGCGUCGGUAUGACGGGCGUUUUCAGAGCACCCCGUGUUUUCUGUCCUGCUGCAGGGGACGCAGGUGUUUUUAUGCUGAGGUCUCGGGGAGCUACGCCGGUGCAACUCGGACAGUGAUUUUCUGUACAUGUGUGUUCGGGGAUCAAUCAAUACAUGUUGCUCGUGCAUCUCAUCCUGUCAGCUGUUGGAAAUAACAUUUAAUUACAAUGUAUUUUAAACCAAACAUGUUUCUUCAGUCAUUGUUGCUGGAGAUUAGAAAGCAGCUACCUUCGGUGGAGGUCACCGCGGUCGCCGACAUUGACCUUGGACCAUCGAUCUCCGUGGUUGUCACCGCAGGGCAGUGGGACGUGUGUGGGCGUGAUGUCUGGCCGGCACAGCGACCACAAGCACCGCUGGGCCUCCGUGGAUGGGCCAGCAGUGCCCGAUGUGUGCUCUCAGGGGACACGGAGAGCCGCUCCUGAUGGUAAAAUGGACGUACUUGGGGCCUGCGAAUGGGUUCUCCCAGGAGCCUUCCUUUUGCGGUCGACGCUGGAGCCGUCAGAGGUGGACUGCACCUCCGCAGGGAAGUUGAGUUGGUAACCGCCCGGGAGCGGGGCGUGCUCCUGUUUUCAGGGCUGUGCCAGGCAGCGCGAGAGCAGGGUUCACACGGCCCGCAGAGACCCGCGUCUGCCCCCGCCCCCGCGGUCCCUCCUGAAGCCGCCUGCCUCGUGUGGGGUUGGGACGGGGCAGCUGUGCCUCAGCCCACUGCUCCGGGAAGGAAUUGUUGGUUUAACGCUCAGUCUCUUCCAAAAAGACU